AUGCAGAUUUUCGUCAAGACCCUCACGGGGAAGACGAUCACCCUUGAGGUGGAGUCUUCCGACACCAUCGACAACGUCAAGUCCAAGAUCCAGGACAAGGAGGGCAUCCCCCCCGACCAGCAGCGCCUCAUCUUCGCCGGCAAGCAGCUCGAGGAUGGCCGCACCCUGAGCGACUACAACAUCCAGAAGGAGUCCACCCUCCACCUGGUCCUCCGCCUCCGCGGUGGUAUGGCCAAGAAGCGCAAGAAGAAGGUCUACACCACCCCCAAGAAGAUCAAGCACAAGCGCAAGAAGACCAAGCUGGCUGUCCUCAAGUACUACAAGGUCGACUCCGACGGUAAGAUCGAGCGACUUCGACGCGAGUGCCCCGCCGAUACUUGCGGCGCUGGUGUCUUCAUGGCUGCCAUGCAGGAUCGCCAGUACUGCGGUCGCUGCCACCUUACCUACGUCUUCGACAAGCAAUAA